AUGUUUGACCAAAGAAUUCUUCAAAAUGCUAGCAGCGCUUGCUAUUAUUUAAAAGAUGGGCCUUAUGAUAAUGAUAAUACGCCUGUGACUAACGAAUUUUGCAAAAUAAUUAAUACUUUACAACUUCGUGUGAAUGCGUGCAGAAAUUCUUUUGAGGCAGGCGAACAACGUUACUAUAAAAAUUUCCAUAGAUUUUAUCAAUUUAUACGACAUCAUUAUUAUAAUAAACGUAGCAUUUUUCAAUUUGAAUGUGAUGAAACUAGGAUUAAACAUAAAAUUUACCAAAUUUUAAAUCCUGGUGUGAUAGAAGAAAAUUGGGGAAUAAAUGAAAGUUUUCAAAAUUUAAAUGAUCAUAUUGCGGAAAUGCUUGAGAAAUCUGUAAAAUCUCUCAAAGAAUAUAAAAAUGCGAAAAGGAAUAAAAAAUACUUUACUGAAUUUGACUUUAAUCGAGAUGUUAUAAAACAACAUGUUAUCGAUUAUGAUGCAAUCGAUGAUUCAUUUUUAGAAAUCACGGAAAAUGCAUGUGAAAUUCAGUAUGGUGUAUCUCGUCUUUGUGAACAAGGAGGACCAGUUAAUUGUUAUUCAAUUAAAGGUUCUCUUUCGAUGUUUGCAGUGGAACUUUUUGUGACAGCAAUUGAAGUAGAUGGAUUUGAUUUUCUGUUAGGGAAAUGGCCUUUCCAUAUCUUUAGAUAUCAAGUUGAAGAAAAUGUUAAUCAACAAGAUGAAGAUCACGAACAGAUUCCUUGA